AUGAAGUCGUUGGCGUCCCUCACUGUGGCGAUGUUGGCCCUCGUCGCCCUCAUCUUCAUCUCCCAAUCAUCUCCCGUCGAUGCCUUCACCAUCUAUCGGAUCGGGUCCGACGCCGACUGGCUCAUGAGCUCAGAUGAGGGAGAUGACGAUGACGACUUCCACUACGCCGACAGCGAGUCGGAAUACGAUGAAGAAGGCAUGCCCCAAAAUGACGUGGCGGCCUUCGACCAGGACUCGCUCGACGACGCCGAGCUGGUGGUCGACGAAGAUGAGGUGCUCCCGGCCUGGCGCGGCGUUCCGGCCGAGGGCGUCGAGCUGGCCCAGGAGGUGGUGGUCGAGUCCUACACCUCGUUCGUCAUCGACCUCGACGAUCCGGGCACGCCCCCGAUCGACCCCGGCGACCUCAAGCCCGAACAGUUCGGCCCGCCCACCUUCUACCUCGCCAACCGCGAAACGGAGGACGACGUGAUGAAGGUGACUGGGCACGGCGAUGGCCUCUUUGGCAGUCUGGAGGAGAAGGACCCGGCCGGCAAGUUCUACGUCUUCCGCGUGGAGUACUACUGCAAGACUGCAGGCAAGUCGCAGAUCACUGUCGAGUACACCUUCUUCAACAUGUUGGAGGAGGUCAAGAACGUGACCUUCACGUGGACGAAGACGUGCGGCAGCGGACAGCGCCAGGGCUUCUUCGUCGAUGCCGUGCUGGGCGACGACGACAGUGACAGCUUCCCCGUUGUAACCGAUGGCAAGGUGGAGGACAAGUGGUUGGCUCCUUUCAACCAGAAGAUCCCGUUCGGCGUGCACACUACCACCUUCUACCUUCGCAUGGAACGGGCCGCAGGAUCGCAGGACUACGGCGCUCCUGUUAUCACCGUGUCCCAUCCCGACAUCCUUCAGAUCCACGGCACCGAGGGGGCCUCGUACGGAAGCAUCCUGACCGAGAAGGGAGCCAAGGCCUUGGCCAUCACCUACAAGUGCCUGUUGCUGUCCGAAGAGGAAGUGAUCGUGAAUGUCAAGUACACCAUUGGCGCCUACAGCCCCGUGGAGUUCGGGUGGCGCAAGUCGUGCUCGCAAGUGGGCACCCAUCAGGGCCUCGUGAUCAGCACGUCGUCCAGCGCGCAUGGUGGGGACGUGUACACCAACGGUGCUGUCGUGCCGGAGUGGACGACUGCAUUGCACUCACACACGGUGAGCCAGAACACAACCACUUCGAUGUUCUACUUCAGCGCCCAGACCUUCACCCCGUUCACCUCUCCUCGCCUCACGAUCCAACCGAGCACUAUCCUGCGUGCCCGAUUGGUCGGGCCUCAGGGCACCGUGGACAGCCGAUCCGAGAUCUGGGUCGAUUCUUCUCCCACCCCGCUGAGGGUCGAGUACAAGUGCCUGCAGCGCGGCAAUGCCGUGGUGCGGUUGUCCAUGGUGGCCACCGAUCUGCACGACACCAUCGAGUUCGCCUGGACCAAGGAGUGUGCUAUCUAUCUGACCGCCAACCGAGCCAUGCUGAUUUUCACGUUGGCGGUGGUGAUCGUGGGCGGAAUGCUGGUGUGGGGGUACCAGGCGAGACGCAAGCGACAGGUGGAGGUGGACCUGGCCCGCAGGAAGGCGGUCGAGGAGGACCAGUACCCCUUCUGA